AUGAAUAAUAACAAUAGAUAUUACCAAAAUGAUUCAAAGCAGCAACAGCAUCAUCACCAUCAACCACAACAGCAACAACCACAACCUCAGCACCCGAAUAUAAAUAUUACUUCUUAUGGGCAACAGCAGCAACAACAACCUCACCACCAUCAAAUAAUACAUCAACAGCAACAACCUCAUCAUCAUCAUACACAUAUACAACAACAUGAUAAUAAUAAUGUGAUAUCACCUUCUCUUCAUCAUUUACAACACAACAACAACAACAACCUAACACCACCAACACAUAUAAAUAACAAUGUUAAUAAUAAUAUAUCAUCUUCAACAAACCAUACACCACAACAACAAAUAAGUUAUAUUCGACAUCAUCCAUCUCCUCCUCCUCCACUUCAACCUAGUCCACAGACAUUGUCUAACCAUCAUGGUGGUAGUGGUCAUCUUAACCAACAACAACAACAAUAUCCAUCUACUUUACCAAGUCUACAAGUAUUACCGACUCUAAUGUCACACCAACCGAAUAACUAUUCAUCGCUAUCUCCAACCUCUCAAACUAUGCAAAAGGUGUCUCCAAUAUCACCAACUACCUAUAGUCCUGGUAGUCGAUCAAUUACUCUACCUCCAUUGUCAUCGCCAAACAACACUUCGAACGGUACAAACCACCGGUAUUUGUUCUCAUCUAAUCUUCCUUCAAGUAGUGGACAUUUCUCUUCAACCGAUGUUUACCAACAGCAACAACAACAAAUCAUGGAGCCUAGAUCAUCUAUUAAUCUUAAUGCAUCGCCUAUUCAUUUUAGCGAUCAUCAUGUAAAGUUUCAUCUCCCAUCGAUCAAUAAUACAAGUGGAAGUUAUGGAAUGGUACCUACAUCACCCGAACCAUCAUCUCUUCAUUAUAUAUCAUCACCAUAUUCAAAAUCGAUGCAUUUAAAGCAAUCUCGACAACAACCACAGCAACAACAACAGAUUCAUGUCCCACCUCCUCAGCAACAACAACAACAACCAUAUUCCCCAAAACCACCAAUACCUUUUGUAAAUAUUAGUAGCUAUCCAACACCUUCUUCUACACCAAUCCAGCAACAAAUGCCACAGUCAUCUUAUCAACAACAACAACAAUCUCCUCCAUCACAACAAUCCCAAUAUAUAGAACAAAUAACAUCUCCACAACAAAAUGUAUAUGUGUACAAUCAAAUGAAUAGUCAACCUCUGAUGGAUACAAUAUCUAUCGAGCCAUUAAAUAAUAAUAAUAAUAAGAAAAUUAAUACUAACCAUAAUAAUAAUCAUCAAAAUAUUAAUAAUAAUAAUGGUCAUCAAUUUAUGAAUCAAAAAAAGAGACCAAAUCAAGAACAACAACAACAAAUUCAACAAUUCUUAUAUUUACAACAACAGCAACAACAACAAAUUCAACAACAACAAGAAAUUACACCAUCAUUUAAAAUGUAUGAAAAGACAACAGUUCCAAAAGCAAUAUUAUCCAAUUAUGAUUUGAAGGCUUUGGAAACAUCACCUGUCAAUCCAGAAUUUAAUGAAAAAGAUUUUCCAGAAUUACAAGGCAAUUUCAAGAUACUCGAUAAAGUUGGACAAGGAACGUUUAGUGGAGUAUUUAAAUCUGUGUGUCUAAAGGGUGAACACCGAGGACGCUUGGUGGCACUCAAAAGAGUCUCUCCAACAUCUUCACCAACGCGAAUACUAAAUGAAAUCAAAACAUUGAUGAAGGUUGGAGAAGAUCGUUAUAUUAGUCAACUACUUGGUAUCAUUAGACAUAUGGAUCAAGUUACUCUUAUACUUCCCUAUUUUGAACACGAUUCGUUUAAAGAUUACUUUUUUAAACUCACUCCAAACGAAUUUAGAAACUACCUCAUUGCAAUCUUUUCAGCUCUCAAACAUGUCCAUUAUCAUCAAAUUUGUCAUCGUGAUGUUAAACCUACCAAUUUCCUUUAUAAUCAAAAAUUAAAUGGUUUCAUGUUGAUUGAUUUUGGUUUAGCUCAAGAGAUGCCACAAGAAAUACUACAACAACCAAUUUAUAAAGAUUUAAAGAAAUUAAAGAAAACAAAAGAUAAAAAUGUUACAACAACAGUAGCAAGUAAUAUUCAAAGAAAUAAUCAAAAUAAUUGUUCACCAUUAAUGUUAUCACAGCAACAACAACAACAACAACAACAACAAAAUGAUAUAUCAAAACAAGCACCAAGAGCAGGAACAAGAGGGUUUAGAGCACCAGAAGUAUUACUCAAAUACAACAAACAAACAACUGCAAUUGAUAUAUGGUCUGUUGGAGUGAUCAUGAUGUGUGUAUUGUCUGGUCGUUAUCCAUUUUUUGUUUCACCAGACGAUUUGACAUCAUUGGCCGAGAUCAUUUCAAUCAUUGGAACACAAAAGAUUAUUGAUUUGGCAAAUACAUUGGACAAGGAAAUAUUUGUAUCAGAGAAUAUUCGUGGACAGAGUUGGACAGAUCUAGCUAAACGUCUAAGAAAUGAAUCAGGUCAAACCAAAGAAAGAAUGCCUGAAGAAGCUUUCCAGCUUUUAGAACUUUGUCUUGAACCUUGUCCAUUUAAAAGAAUUACUGCUUCUGAAGCUAUAAGACAUCCUUUUUUAGAUCCUCAUCGUCAUAAUCAAAUAAAAUAA